UUUGAUGUGUCAAAAAUGGCACUAAUUUGUUAUUUCUUUUUAGACGACAGAUUUGGGACUGACAGUUGGGAGACAGCCCAACAAAAUUUGAGAUCUGGUUCCGAAAGAGAAAAGAGAGCACCCACUCCUGAAAUCAAAGCUGCCUGGGUGACUGAUAUUAGAAAAAUACUUCUCAGGCAGGCCUGCAUGAAUAAAGCGAAUCGCCAGGCAGAGAAUCAGUCUAUGGGAAUAGGGAACAAGCCAUGCCUUGAUAUAAGACCUAGUGAAGAUCAAAUAAGCGAUUUUUCUAUUAGUAUACAACAACUCACAAGAGCCCUUCGAUAUCGGGGAUCAGGCACUUUUGAGUCUAGGAAAGACAGGAAUUCGAUGAUCUCAGUCUGCUCUUCCUCCUCGUCCAGCAGCAGCAGCCAGUCGUCUCCCUUCCCUUUCUUUGGAACACUCAACCUCGGAUUUGAACCCGGUGAUAGCCCUCAACCCCUGCAAAGAUCUCUCACCCAACAGUCUCAAUGUUCAACAGAGAGUGGUUUUUAUACGGACAUGAGUACGGCAGGAGACUCUCCAGAAGCGGAUCCGCCCCGUCACAAGCGAGCCGAAAGAAGCGACAGCCUGCUCUCUAGCGACUCCCUCGCAACAAAUAUGUCACCCACUGAAAGUCUAAAUAACCACUCUUUAGAAGAGAGUCUCACAACUUCCAUGUGAAAGAGUGUCAUUUUUAUUUAUUUAUUUUUGAUGAAGAUGAAGGACGCGUUGUGUGCCAUAUACU